AUGCGAUUCCUCUGCCUGCUGAUCCUCUCCUGCCUCCUGGCGGUGGCCAGUUCCUCCUCGACGUCCACCAACGCCACCACCGAGGCCUCCACGAGCACGAGCUCCACCACCACCACCACGGAGGCGUCCACCGCCGACAAGAAGGUGAAACACGUGGUUCACUGGAGUGCACAGAUCCACCGUCCCGGCACGGUCAUAACGAUCCACCACCACAGGGGGACCGGGGAGGAGGAGCAGCACAGGGAGAGGGUGAAUCCUUGCGAGCGGGAGGACCCCAGGGAGAGGAGGGAGAACAGGGAAGGAGAGGAGCGCAGGGAAAUCAGGAGGAGCGGGCUUACCAGUCUCAGGGGCUGA